CAUGCUGCCCCCGUCGGCCUAGCGCCUAGCGCCAUGCUGUGUUUGCAUCUCGUGUUCGCCGCGUGCCUGGCGGUCACCAUAGCAGCCACCUCGCCCGCCGCUACUGAUACAACCACCAGCGCUCCCAACAAUGCCACGACACACGAAACCUCAACCAACUCCACUAAAGAAAUUCUUACCGUCAGCGAAACGGCAGACCCCGGUAAGGUGGAAAUCGUAAAACAAAUACGACGACUGAACGAGGACGGAUCAUAUACUAUCGGGUACGAGGCUGACGACGGCACCUUCAAAAUCGAGAGCAGAGAUGUCCUCGGGAACGUCAAGGGAACAUUUGGAUAUAUCGAUCAGGAUGGAGAGAUAAAACGCGUGACGUAUUCGUCGUCCGGCGACACCACCCCCGUCCCGGUAACGACGAGUACGACACCCAGCACGCCCACAAUGGUCGUCAGAGUCAACAAGACUAUUUCAUCGACAACUAGACGACCGUUGGCAACCGUCGUGUACCCCACAAGGAGCGGCAUCAGGGAGAGUGCAACUAGAGGAACUGUUAUACAGUCUAUACCCCGAAGACGGCCAGUGCCUACAAGACCAACGACUAAUCUCGAUGUUACCACUGAAAAAAUAGAAGAGACCACAAGUAAUAUCUUAAAUCUAUACAAAUCUAGAGAAGAAUCUAAGACUAGGACUCAGAUUUCGAAACCUACCUCAGCGACAGUCAAGGACGACUUAAUUACAAAACAAACGACUACGAAUUUACCAUCAACAGUGAAGCCGGUCCAUGAGCACAUCGACGAAGAUGAGCCCGAAGCGAACAAAGCGAAUACAAUACGUCGGGAAUUGCCUGGAACUAGCCCCAAUCUGCACAUGCUGAGUCUGCAGCAAUCGGUAGGAGAUGAUUCCACUGACGUAUAUGGCGGUCAUCAAUCUCACGGAUCGGUGCGUCCGCUCUUCACUACCACUACUUCGCGACCUAGGAUUCUCCCGCUCCAUAGCUUGGUCACUGCUCGACAAAAGUUGCAGCGGCACUACCAAGAUGCUGCAGAGGAGCAGGAAACAACGGUGGAAGCCAGUACAGGUCGGGUUUUCGAUCAACAAAGUGUUGUUACAACGAAUCCCGUCCCGGUUGUCCAUAUACAAACACACAGAGAUACAGACGGCAGACUAUACCAGGAACCGAUUUACCGAAGACCCCAACCCACUGUUCACUUCAGGACCGAGGAAUAUUUGCGAGACAAUCCGGGAGCACCGGUACCUAUUGGGAAUCAGCGGCCAUUUCUUCACUUUGAGUACCCCGAAAAAGUACUGGAGCAACAGAUAGAAAAGGAAACGCCCAUAGCUCAUCCAACUAAAAGCACAGCGGAACCAGUGACGAUUCCGUAUGAUAUGAGACCUGUCGGUAGAAUUAUUCCUAUCCCAGUGGACGAGAGAGGUGUUCCUAUUCAAGGAUACCAAGCCCGAUUCGUCAACCCGUACCGAUCUACGCCUACACCGGUCGUGUACCAGCAGAGAUACGACCCACUCGAAGAAAUGAACUCAAUACAAGCGCCAGUGAGCACGAGAGAUUUAAAACGCCUCCUUCAGAUUUUGAUACUUCGUCAGAAUCGCUUACAAUCUCUAAUGGAUCAGAUCGUAGCUCCUGGUCCUCCGUACCAGCCGCUGCCGGUCUACCGGCAGAAUAUCGACUACAAUCGUCACCAGAUGGCGCGACGGUACAUGGAUGAAGAUCAAUAUGACUACAGAUACGACCAGCAGCAACAGUACAGGCAAGACGUGUACUCGAAUCAGAUGAACUACGACAGCAAUCUGUACGAGAGCCAGCGGUACGUGCCGAGGAGGAGGCUGUACUCUCGGCCGUACGACGCGACUGGCUCGUCUUCGAAUAACAUCGAAGAGACGCCAGAGUACUUGCCGGCUGACAUCCGCGAGGCGUUACUGCUGAAGAUGCUGAUGCUGGCCAUCAACCCCGACUUCAUGCCGACGCCAGCGCCCUCUACCGAGCUGACGACGGCCGCACCCACACGGAAGCAGGUCAGGAACGUGCAGAUCCUCGGUGAGGAGGGCUCACAGGCGAAGCCCGUGCAUAGACAUUAGGUUAGUUCUUUUACUUUUAGGUUUAAUUUACAAGUGAUAUUUUAGUACAAUUCUC